AUGAAAUUAGGACAUUAUGCAACAAUGAUAACAUCAAUGUAUUUUGAUGAUAUUAAAGAUUUUAUUAAUUUAGAGAUAGGUGUUAAAAGAUUUCAAGGAAAUAUGGAACGAUUUCAUUUUAAUCCAAUUCCAUUAGACGAGUAUUCAAGAAGAUUCUUUCCUAAUAUUGAAACAUUUCAUAUUUAUGAUGAAUAUGAUGAUGAAAUAUUUGAUGAUGGAAAAAUAUUUAAAUAUGUAAUAUGGUUUUUAGUAGAAUAUCCAACAUAUUUAAAAGAAAAAGAAGCAGGAAAUAUCUGUAAAAAUAUAAUAUACACAGAAGAUGAUAGAGAAAAAUAUGGAAAUACAAUACCAUCAGAAGUUAGCAUAAUUGGACAUCAAUGUUUUUAUAAUUGUGAAGAAUUAACAACAAUUAAUAUACCAACAAGAGUUAAUAAACUCUGGGAUUUUUGUUUUGAAGGAUGUUCAUCAUUAACAUCAAUCACUAUUCCACCAUUAGUCAGUUUCAUAGGAGAUGAAUGUUUUAACUUGUGUUAUUCACUAAAAUCAAUUAAUAUUCCACCACUAGUAACUGAGUUAGGUAUUAGAUGUUUUUAUGGAUGUUCAUCAUUAACAUCAAUUAAUAUACCAUUGGCUGUUAUUGAAAUAGGAAAAGAUUGUUUUUAUGGAUGUUCAUCAUUAACUAAUAUGAGUAUUGACAAAGUCCAUUUUAUUAGUGAGAAUAAAAUAUUUAUGAAUGAACCUGUAUUAAUUAGUAUUGAAAUACCAUAUAAUCUACAAAUAAUCAAUGGAAAGAAUAUUGAAAAGAAAAAUAUUAAUGAAUUUAUUAUUCCAUCCUCAAUUACUAUGUUAGGGAAUAGUUGUUUUAAAGAAUGUUAUUCAUUGUCAUCAAUUAAUAUACCAACAACAGUUAGUGAAUUAGGACGGAAAUGUUUCAAAUGGUGUUCAUUAAAAUCAAUUAAUAUCCCAACAACAAUUACAACAUUUGGCAGUUCUUGUUUUUAUAGAUGUGGAUGUACAGAAGAGCUAAAGAAAAAUGAAAGAAUACCAAGAGAUUGUUUUAAAAAACUACAUUAUAGAAGUACAGAUGAAACAACAGAUGAAUAA